AUAAAACAUUAGCUAAGCGCAGCUAGUUGGAUAGGUAUCCUUUUUCUCUACAAUGGACGACAUUGACUCGUGUUCAACAACGCAACCACCUGAAAACUCCGCAGGAAGCGUUCCACAACAAUCUAACGGAAUCUCGAUGUUCCUCGAUGUGCCCCAGCUGGAAGAGAAAGCUCACUUGCGAAACAGUAUCCGGAACACUAAGACCUUGCAAGAUCAUCUAAAGCGUGAAACAUUGCCUUCAGCUGACAAUUAUCAUCCACAUUUUAUGAAAAUCGGGACCCGUGCAACACUUACCGAAUUAUAUUUUGGCGAGCCCUACGAUCUAAAGGAAGAGGAUCAUGGACCAGAAAAGGUUGCAGGUGGUGUGAAAUUCGGCUGGAUUCAGGGUGUUCUUAUCAGAUGUUUACUCAACAUCUGGGGUGUGAUGCUCUUUCUUCGCUUGUCUUGGGUUGUCGGGGAAGCAGGAAUAGGACAAGCUAUUCUAAUCAUUCUUCUGGCCACAGCAGUUACUUCUUUGACGACCUUAUCCAUGUCAGCCAUCAGCACGAACGGCCAAAUCAAAGGGGGAGGAACGUACUACAUGAUAUCUCGUUCACUCGGUCCCGAAUUUGGAGGAGCAAUUGGAAUCAUCUUCGCUUUAGCCAACGCAAUGGGUAUCGCACUUCAUACGGUUGGCUUCUGUGAAGCGCUUUCUGACAUGCUCGAGGACUAUUGGGGAGUUCAAAUCGUUGAUGGAGGACUUAACGAUAUCAGGAUCAUCGGGUGUAUCACGCUUGUAGUUUUAGGCAUGAUCGUCAGCAUCGGAAUGGAAUGGGAAGCUAAGGCCCAAUUGUUAUUUUUCUUGAUCUUGAUGUUCGCCUUGGCCAAUUUUAUUGUCGGAAGCAUUUUAGGGCCUUCCGGGAUUGACGAAGUAUCCAAAGGUUUUGUGGGUUAUAAUGCUGAGAUUAUUACGACUAACUUCUAUUCCGACUAUCGUGUUUUUGAUGGGUUCCAGCAAAACUUUUUUUCCGUUUUCGCCAUUUUUUUUCCUGCUGCUACUGGUAUCUUGGCUGGUGCAAACAUCUCGGGUGAUUUGAAGAACCCUUCAAAAGCUAUUCCUAGAGGAACUCUACUUGCCAUUAUAUUGACAUCAAGCUCGUACAUUUUAUUUGCCGUCAUUGCUGGAGCUACGGUUCUUCGUGACGCUACCGGAAACCCGGCAAACUACACCGAAAAUGACACCGUCAGCGACUACAUGAAUCUUUGCCUUGACGAGGAUUGCGAGUGGGGACUGCAGAACAGUUACCAAGUCAUGACUUUGGUAUCGGCAUUCGGACCCCUCAAUUACCUCGGUUGCUUUGCUGCAACCCUCAGUUCGGCUUUGGCCUGCUUCGUUUCAGCUCCUAAAAUCUUUCAGGCUUUAUGCAACGAUCGCAUUUUUCCUUACCUGCAUGUCUUCGGUAAAGGAUACGGUAAAAAUAACGAGCCUCUUCGUGCUUAUGGACUUGCCUUUCUCAUAGCUUUGAUCUGCGUUCUCAUUGCCAAUCUGAACACGAUUGCUCCACUGAUUACCAACUGUUACUUGGCGUCUUACGGACUAGUCAAUUUAUCCACCUUCCACGUCGACCUGUUCAAACCUGUCGGAUGGCGUCCUACCUUUCGAUACUACAACAAAUGGUUGAGCCUCUUAGGUUUUGCUCUCUCUGUGGCGGCCAUGUUCUUGUGUAGUUGGCCAACAGCUCUCGUGACAUGUGCCUUAGUGUUCACCUUCUUUUUUAUAGUCAGAUACCGUAAACCAGACGUCAACUGGGGUUCGUCGACACAGGUGCAGGUUUACAAAACGGCACUUACUAAUGCUCAGCAAUUUUGCAAUAUCGACGAUCACACUAAGACUUACACGCCACAAAUUCUUGUUAUGACUGGGCUUCCCAACAUGAGGCCCUCUCUCGUCGACUUUGCCUAUCUUCUCUGUAAAAACAAUUCAUUGAUGGUGUGUGGCGAUGUCCUCAAGGAGCGCCAAAGUCAUAAGGAUCGUUCGUAUCGCAUCAAAAAAUCCUUGCACUGGCUUCGAGCCCACAAGACAAAGGCAUUUUAUUCACUGGUAGACAAUUUAUCGUUUGCCAACGGGGUAGGAGCCUUGUUACAGGCUACAGGAGUGGGAAAAAUGAGACCCAACAUCCUUUUGCUUGGCUAUCAAAGCGAGUGGCGUACUAGCAACAACGAAGAGAUUGAAAGCUAUUUCGUCGCCAUCAAUACGGCUUUGGAAAUGCACGUUGCCGUGGCCAUUCUUCGCGUUCAAGAAGGACUCGAUUACGAGGGAAUUAUUCGGGACUACGACAUGAACAAUUCCGCUAGCAAAAAAACAAAUGGCGAAGGCGUUGACAAUCCUUCAUUUGCAGAUUCACCUGACGGCAGUCUUUCUUCAAAACCAUUCGUAAUUAGCGGAAGCAUAGACACUGGGCUAACAGACGAGUCAGUGGAAAAUAGGAAACCCCAACAGCCUAAUGAAAUAUCUUUGUCUGGUGAUGCCAUUUCCGCUGCACAGAAAAAACAUAUGAAGAAAACACGAGUUAUGUUCAAGGAUCCUCAAGGAAACGAGUUGUCUCCUGAUGUGCAAAACAGCAUCUAUCGUUUCCGUAUGAGGCAAAAACGGGGCACCAUCGAUGUGUGGUGGCUCUACGAUGACGGUGGACUAUCUAUGUUAUUGCCCCACAUAUUGACAACACGUUCUACCUGGGCCGAUUCCAAGUUACGCGUUUUCUGCCUGGCAGAUGUCAAUGAGGAGCAAAGCCACAAGAAAGAAAGCAUGCGACUAUUGUUGAGUAAAUUCCGCAUACUCGUUUCGGAUGUGGUCGUGAUUCCCGACUUAACAGAGACUCCCUCUACGCAAACGAAGGCCUGGUUCGACGCUCUGACGCACGAAUUCGUACGUAAAGAUGACGAGUCCAGCAUGCAAAAUUGCAAUGCACCAGUCAUCAAAGAGUCGGAGCUGAUAGCUGAGAAGCCCAAAACCUUCAAUUUCAUGAGGUUGAGGGAGUUGCUGUUGCAGCAUUCCACUCAGGCAAAUCUCAUUGUCAUGACGCUGCCGGUACCACAAAAAGGAACAGUUAGCGGCCCACUUUACAUGAGUUGGUUGGAAACGCUGACAGCCAACAUGCCACCUUUCCUCCUAGUCCGUGGCAACCACACAUCUGUCCUCACUUUUUAUUCUUGAUCUAUAAAUAUUUUAAAAAUGAACUCAUGUGUUUUCUUUUAUAUCUUUUAAUGUGUUAAAAAGUUAGUUUCACUUACCUGUUGUACAUUUUUCUUGGGCGUUCCAACAAAUGCGCGAUAUAAAAUUA